GAAUCACUUGUCCUUUGGCCUGCUGGUGUCUUCAUGCUGCUGUAGAGACCCAGCGAUGGACCAACAAGGACCCUGAGGGUGAAGUGUGCGUCUAGUCCUAACCGGUCUGCAGCUUCCUGAAGGCCUUCAAGUGUCGCUGAGAGGGUUGCAGAUGCUGGGCGCCGCCUUUUGCAUCAUCGGUUGGAUCGGGACCAUUGUGGUGUGCGCUCUGCCCCAGUGGAAGGUGACGGCCUUCGUGGGCAGCAACAUCGUCACGGCUCAGACGUCGUGGGAGGGCAUCUGGAUGAGCUGCGUGAUCCAGAGCACGGGCCAGAUGCAGUGUAAGGUGUACGACUCCAUGCUGGCUCUGUCCCGCGACCUCCAGGCCGCCCGCGCACUCAUCAUCAUCGCCAUCAUGCUGGGCGUCCUGGGCGUGCUGCUAUGCCUGGCGGGGGGCAAGUGCACCAACUGUGUGAAGGAUGAGAGCUCCAAGGCCAAAAUCUGCGUUGCCUCUGGUGUGGUCUUCAUCUUGGCGGGAGUAUUGUGCCUCAUCCCUGUGUCCUGGACGGCAAACACCAUCAUCAGGGACUUCUACAACCCGCUGACUACCGGCUCUCAGAAGAGGGAGCUUGGGGCCGCCCUCUUCAUCGGAUGGGGGGCCUCCGCCCUCCUUAUCAUAGGCGGUGCUUUCCUGUGCGCCAACUGUCCCCCGAAGGACACGUACCCCGCCAAGUACCCAGCGAGCCGCUCGUCCGCGCCCAGAGAAUACAUCUGAGGAAGCCAACAGGAGACUUUCACGCCGUGUCAAACAUUUCAGGACUUCCUGUUUCAUCAGCACCGAUGAACCAGCCUGUUGACUGGAACGCAAACUUAUAACGUGUUACAUUUCUAUUGAAUUGUUAAGUUUUUUUAAUGCUUUUUUUACACUCCAUUUGAAUUCUUACUUGUGUAUUAUACUGUUCAACAUGUGUAAAUAAAACAAUUUUAUCAAGAACAUCAAAA